GAAACUUGCUCGGCUGUAGUCCCUCGGAGGAGCGCAGCGGAGCCAGACCGCGGCGAUGUGAGCCCCGCGUGGCCAGAAGGGGCGAAACAGGAGUGGUUCUGCGCGGCUCCCGAGGCGCCCCUCUGCUGCCCCUCCCCUGCUCGCGGCUCCUCGCCCCUCUUGGAUGCCGUGUCUCCCCGCUCGCUCGCUCGCUCCUGCCUGCCCCAGCUCCCCGAGCUCCUCCGAGGGAGCGGCUCCUCGCCUUCCAACAUGCCCGAACAGAUCAGCGUCUCGGAGUUCGUGGCGGUGACUUCGGAGGAUCUCAGCUCGCCGGCAGCGUCCAGCUUCGCGUCCAAAAUGCAGAAGUGCCGAGGGGCCGUGCUGGCCCUGGAAGAGAGCCUGGAUGGAGACCAAGCCAUUCUCCAGAGGAUCAGGAAAUAUGUGAAAGCCAUUCAUGUCUCUGGGCUCACACAUGUGGAGAAUGAAGAACAAUACAGUGAAACUCUUGAGAACUUUGGCAACAAUCACUUGUCUCAGAACAAUCAUGAGCUGUCCACUGGCUUCCUGAACCUUGCUGUCUUCACCAGGGAAGUGACGGCGCUCUUCAAGAACUUGGUGCAAAACUUGAACAAUAUUGUCUCAUUUCCUCUGGACAGUCUGCUGAAAGGGCAGCUUAAAGAUGGGCGGCUGGAUUCCAAGAAGCAGAUUGAAAAGGCCUGGAAGGAUUACGAGACCAAAGUAGCAAAGCUGGAAAAGGAGAAGGAGCGAGCCAAGAUAGCUGGAGUCAUUCAGGCAGAGCCGUCGGCAGCAGAAAUUGCUGAGGACCUGCAGAAGGAGCGUCGCACUUUCCAGCUUCAGAUGUGUGAGUACCUUCUGAAAGCCAAUGAGAGCCAAACGAAGCAAGGGCCAGACUUCUUACAGAGCCUUAUCAAGUUCUAUCAUGCGCAGCACAAUUUCUUCCAAGACGGCUGGAAAGCAUCUCAGAACCUGUAUCCAUUCAUUGAAAAGCUAGCUGUGUCUCUACAUGCGCUUCACCAGGCCAAGGAAGAGGAGGUGAAACAGCUCACUCGGAUCCGAGACUCCCUCAGAGGCAUCCUGCAGCUGGAGAACAAAGGGGAAAACCUGAAUAGGAAGAACUCUGGCAGUGGAUACAGUAUCCAUCAGUACCAAGGCAACAAACAGUAUGGGACCGAGAAGUCGGGUUUUCUGCACAAGAAAAGCGAUGGGAUUCGGAAAGUGUGGCAGAAGAGGAAGUGUGGGGUGAAAUACGGAUGCCUCACCAUCUCACACAGCACCAUCAACCGGCCCCCUGUAAAGCUAAACCUGUUGACUUGUCAAGUGAGGCCUCAUCCAGAGGAUAAAAAGUCCUUUGAUCUUGUGACACAUAACAGGACUUACCACUUCCAAGCAGAAGAUGAGCAAGAGUGUAUUGCGUGGGUGUCAGUGCUUCAGAACAGCAAGGAUGAGGCACUCAGCAAUGCUUUCAAGGGAGACCCCGGAGGCUGUGUGUCCUCGGCUGGGGGCAUGGCAGAUGGCGGACUGCAGGAACUCACCAAGCUGGUCAUUGGUGAGGUGAAGAACAUGCCAGGCAACAGGCAAUGCUGUGACUGCGGUGCUCCAGACCCCACCUGGCUUUCGACCAACCUCGGCAUCCUGACAUGUAUUGAGUGUUCUGGGAUCCACCGUGAGCUGGGGGUGCACUACUCCCGCAUUCAGUCACUGACACUUGAUGUACUCAGCACUUCUGAACUGCUGCUGGCAGUCAGCAUUGGAAAUGCCAAGUUUAAUGAAGUCAUGGAGGCCACCUUGCCGGCACAAAGCAGCCUCAAACCCUCCUCAAGCAGCGACAUGAAUGCACGGAAGGAAUUCAUCAUGGCAAAGUACAUGGAGCGCACCUACGUCCACAAAGCAGGCAAGGAUGACCCUUGUCGCCUCUGGGAAGCUCUCCGGAGCAGGGAUCUCUUGGCUUUGCUCCAGGCCUUUGCAGAGGGUCAUGAUCUAUCCAAGCCUCUUGCCAGCCCUGAAGGCCAGGAGCAAGGCGAACGGGCCCUGCACCUGGCUGUGCGCUUUGCCAACAAGUCCUCCCUUCCGCUGGUGGAUUUCAUAAUUCAGAAUGGGGGGAACCUGGAUAGGCCCACGCAAGACGGGAAUACAGCCCUGCACUAUGGAGCCCAGUACAAUCAGCCCAAUUGUCUCAAGUUGCUACUGAAAGGGAAGGCAACUAUAACUGCAGUGAACGCAGCAGGAGACACCCCUCUAGAUGUGGCCAGGAAAUACAAGCACACAGAGUGUGAAGAUUUGUUGGAGCAGGCACAAGCAGGGAGGCUGGCUCCACAGAUACAUGUGGACUAUGAUUGGGAAGCCCCUCAGGAGUUUUCCUAUGACAGUGAAGAUGAGUUGGACGAGAAGCUGAGCCCACUGCAACGGUCUUUGGGGUCCUCGCCGUCUCCAACCACAGGCCAGCCUGCCUUCUUCAUUCCAAACAGGUGGAGCUGUACAGGUACGGACAUCAGCAACAAGACCUAUGAGACCGUUCUGAUCACCUCUCGGCCUGGCCUGCGAAGCUCCAACAGCGAGGAGCUCCCCCCACCACUGCCCGUCAAAAACCCCACCCGAGGGAACGGCAAGACGAAACCUGCUGCCGACUCCUCCGAGCCCUCGCCCCAGGUGCCAGAUGCCCCUGACGGCCGGCACUCAUCCACUUCCACGUCACUUGGCGUUCAGGACAAUGGCACCCCUUGGCAGGUGUCUACCUCCCGUAACUCUGUAGAAGUCAAAGGCACAGCCUACUGGGAGACCCGCUCGGAAAUGGAGAGCAUGUUGCAGAGAAGAAGAUCGGAGCCAAACCAGUCAACGCUGCAGCCUUCUCCUGGAACAUCCCCUGAGCAGGGGCAAGCCACACCAGUCAAGUUCAGCUCUGAGAUAACCCGAUCUUACCGACGGAUCAGUAGCGGUUCAAUGGGCAAAUCUUCCGGCUCUCCACUUUCCCCACAGAACUCCGGUGGCCCAGAUGAAGUGCCUUCCCUCAAGUCUCCGGUGCCGGCACAAAACCCUCCCCCUGUGCCUAUGCCAAGGAGGUUUGCUCCGGCCAAAGGGCGGCCAAAGAGAGUCAUGGCUUUGGCAGACUGCAAAGGAGAUAGAGCCCGGGAGCUGACUUUCUCCAAGGGCGAGGUGAUCGUGGUCACGCGGGAAGAGGAUGAGCAGAGUUGGGUUGGUUUCAUUGAAGGAGACGGCACAAGGACUGGGGUAUUCCCAUCGAGUUCCGUCCACCCACUACAGGAGUAAUGGGACUCCUUUCCAUUCAUGCUUUAGCUGGAGAGAUGAACCAGCAUGAGUGGCUUUGUGGACAUGUGCCAGCAUGCAACUUUGUUGGUCCUCCUUACGGGCUACUGUUUGCCAUAGGAUGAUACCAUCCAAGUAACUGGUUACAUGAUGAUGCUGAUGAUGUGGGGAAGAAGCCACUAGCUUUGCCUUUUACUCCUCUUGAACUGGAUGAGGAAGAAAAUGGACACUGAUCCAUACGUAGGAGAAGCCAACUCCAUCAGUGUGCUUGAAGAUUUCAUUUGCUUCCUUUAUAUGAAUUAUCCAGCUGAUGGAGAAUAGGGUAACCUCUUUUUGCUGGAUGCAGAAGUUCCACUGCAAAGUCAUUCUUUCAUCAUUUUGAUCUCUUAGCUGAAGAUAAUAUGGCAUUCUAUUUCCAUAUUGUACAGAAUCCAGCUCCCUAAUGCACAGUUCAAUGUGCCAGCAAUUUCAGUUUCAGUUUCCAUGUGCUUUUAGGGUAGCGAGCAUGAGUUGUCCCCUUUGCUAAGCAAGGGUGCUUUCCAGAUUAGCUGCUCAACAACAGCAAAAUGCUUCCGUCCAGGCAAAUUGCAGUCAAAACGUAAAUAGCAAAGUGUGCAGCAUGGGGAGCAGUUGUGCAAAAACUAACAACCCAAAAAAACAGCAACUUUUUUAUGCUGGAUAUACAAUGUUAUAGCACUAUAUCACAGUGAUUAAUUCUGAAACAAGGCAUUGGAAGUAUGAACAGCACUUUGCUGUCAGUGUAGGUGUCACAACACAAGAAGUGUGGAAGCACGCUUCAGAGAUAUGCCGUGACCCCAUUGCAAGGUCUAAUCUGGAAAGCGCCAAGGUCUGCCUUUCUUUGCAUUUGGAUGGGAGAUUACAUGUGAGUUCUGUAAGAUACGGGGCCAUUGCUCAGUGAAAGAGCAUCUGCAUGCAGAAGGUCCCAGGUUCACUCCAUGGCAUCUCCUAGUAGGGUCAGGAGACUGUCUAGAACCUUGAAGUGUUGCUAGUCAAUGGUAUUAGGAAGUUGGAAAAUUCAUGCUGCUCACCUGGAAAACCAAGGUAGUCUUGGGUAGGACUUCAAAAUGGGCAGAGCUGCUGCAUUUUCUGUCUCAGCCCUGUGGAUCCAAUUCCUUAGUCCCCUACCCCAGUGAGGUUCAAGCAUCCUAACCUCAGGGAUCCCUUUCCACGCUUGCUCAUCUGUGCAUCUGCUGCAUAGCAUCUCGGGGGUGGGGUGUUUGCCUGUGUAGGGUGCUGAGACUCCCACUGGGCCUAGCUCUCGCCUCAAGGCAAUGGAGCGUGCCCACUAGACCAAGGGUAGGCAACCUUGGCUCCCCAGCUGUUCUUGAACUACAACUCCCAUCAUCCCCAGCCACAAUUUUGUGGCUGGGGGUGAUGGGAGUUAUUCAGCAACAGCUGGGAACACAGGAAGCUGCCUUCUACUACGUCAGACUAUUGGCCCAUCCAGCUCAGUAUUGCCUACACUGAAUGGCAGCGGCUCUCCAAGGUUGCAGGCAGGAAUCUUCCCCAGCCCUACCUGGAGAUGCUGCCAGGGACUGAACCUGGGACCUUCUGCAUGCAAAGCAGGUGCUCUACCCCUGAGAUAUUCCCCCGUUUUGAAGGGGAAUAUCUUACAGUGCUUGCACAUGCAGUCUCCUGUUCAAAUGCAAACUGGGCAGACCUUGCUUAGCAAAGGGGGCAAUUCAUGCUUGCUACCCCAAGAUCCACUAUCCUUCCAAGCGGUGCCAAGGUUGCCUCCCCCUGCACUAACCUGUUGGUAAUGGUGGACAAGUUCUUUUUUGGAAAGUGUAUAUGCCCUUAUCAGGCUCCUUAUGGAACUCACAACCCUGAUAAGCUUCUCCAGAUCCCAGUUUUAGAAGCACUGCUUCCCACUCCUAUCCCAUCUGCCAUCUUUGGGAUUAUUCCGACAUCGCAUUUUUAGAGCACUUGCCGUUUAAAAGGUGCCCUGAAAGCGUUCAGUGCAAGAGUACCUUUCCCUCCCUUGGGGUAAGCUCUGGGAAGCUAAGGCUGCGGGCUGGUCCCGUUUGAACCAGGAAAAAGCCAGCAGUAGAGGGUGCUGAUUAGCCUGCACUCAUCACGUCCUUGGCACUUUAGCCUCUUCCCGAUCUCCAGGAUAGCUUUGCAACUUUUGAAAAACAUUUAUUUUUAAAAUGAGCGAACAUAUCCUGGAGCAGAGCUUGGUCUUGUGGUAGUGAGCAAGAAUUAUUCCCUUUGCUGAGCAGGAUCUGCCUUGGUUUGCAUUUAGAUGGGUUACGACAUGUCAGCUCUGUACGAUAUUCCCCUUAGGGAGUGGGGCUGCUCUGGGAAGAUCACCUGCAUGCUUUCAUGCAGAAGGUCCCAGGUUCAGUCCCUGGUAGCAUCUCCAAGAUAGGGCCGAGAAAGACUCUUGCCUGCAACAUUGGAGAUCAAUAGUGAACUAGAUGGACAGACUUCUGGAGGCAGCUUCCUCUGACCCUACAUGCACCGCAUACAACUUUUUUAAAAGGAGGGCAUCUUCCCACCUGAAGCACGAGUGGAGGAGCAAGUCUGAUGAAUGAACCAAGGUCUAACUUGCUGGUGUGUCUGUCUUGCAUAUAGUAAGGUCAGCUCUCAGUGUGGCUGAAGAACUUCCUGUCUCUCUCUUUUUAAAACAAAACAAAACACUGUCUUCACCCUUUGAUUUGCCAGUCUGGUGAAACCUUUUCUAAAGCGAAACUAUUUCAUCCUAUCUGAUUCAUUCUUUUUUCUCCGUGCGUGAAAAAGUUCAGGGCAGUCUGUUGAAGUGGUAUUUCAAGGUGAGUAUAUUGUGAGCUCUAAAGCUCCUUGCUAGGUCUCUUUACCAGUGUUUUUGUCUCAUGCUUCCACCGUCUUGUUGUAAUGACUUUGUUUUAACAUGGAAAAUUUUGAAUAAAACUGUUAAUUUUAAAAAGAAA